UGGGAGACAUAAGAACAAAGGAUGCCCAGAGAAACAGCAGGAUUUAAAUUUGGGCUUCAGAGGAUGGCAAGUCAAAUCAUGUUACCUCUGCUGCUUUUGGGGAUGAUAAGUACAGUGACUCCUCAGGUGACUCCUCAGGUGACUUCAGUGAGUCCUCAGGGGACUCCUCAGGGGACUCCUCAGGGGACUCCUCAUGCGACUCAACCGGGGACUCCACAGGUCACUUCUCCAGUGACUUCUCUGAUGACUUCUCCAGGGAUUUCAGCGUCUCCACCGGGGACUCCUCAGGUGACUCCUCAGGUGACUUCUCCGGUGAUUUCAGGCACGGUGACUCCUCUGGGGACGACUCAAUCGACUACUCAAUCGACUACUCAAUCGACUACUCAAGCGACUACUCAAUCGACUACUCAAGCGACUACUCAAGGGACUUCUCAGGUGACUUCUCCAGUGACUCCAGGAAACUUCUACCCAAUUGCUGGAAUGACAACCUGGCGAGCACUUGAUGGAAGUUCGCCUCGAAUUCUCCUGCAACAGCCUUUUGUUUACUUCGGAAAGACCUAUUAUCAGAUUUACGUGAACCACAAUGGACACAUGACUUUUGACAGUUCAUGGAGUAAUUGGUAUCCGCAAAGGUUUCCAAUGUAUGGAUACAGAGACGUCAUCGCUCCAUUCUGGACAGAUUUUGAUAACAGAGUCAAUGGUCUGGUCUACUACAACCAAUACACCAGUGGGAAUGUUCUCCAACGGGCUACAAGAGACAUUAAUGAGUACUUUCCAGGACUGAACUUCAAUGCCACCUGGGUCUUAGUUGCAACAUGGUAUAAAAUGGCCUACUAUCCAAUGACUGGAACAGAAACUACAAUCCAAGCAGUCUUGAUCUCUGGUGACCAGUACUCUUUUGUGCUGAUGAACUAUGGGAUAAUAGCCUUAUCAAAUCACAAUGUACAGGCAGGAUAUGACACAAUCUACUCCGUCCACCAUUUUACCAUCCCUGGAUCAUUCUCUAACAAUGCAACAGGCAGUAACUCAAGUUUCCGCGUGACCAGCAAUGUCAAUGUACCCGGUCGCUGGGUCUUCCGGUUAGACAAUGGAACAAGAGGCUGCACUUUCAAUGGUGAACCCGUGGAGAUGGGUGAUUCAUUCUGGGCUGACAGUACCUGUGCACACAAGUGCACCUGCACUUCAUAUGGCCUGCAGUGUCACAGCCAACCCUGCUCCUUUUCCCAAAUCUGCAAGCCAACUGGCUAUCACUUCUCCUGCCAGACAGUGCAGAGACGCUCCUGUACCAUUAGUGGUGAUCCACAUUACUACACCUUUGAUGGCACAGUGUUUCACUUUCAGGGCACCUGCACUUACGUUCUCUCAGAGCAAUGUGGUCAAGAACUGCCCUACUAUCGAGUAGAGGGCAAGAAUGAGCACCGGGGAAGCACUCAUGUUUCCUGGACACGACUGGUCAAAGUGUAUGUCUAUGGUGAAACUAUUGAGCUGGUGAAGGGCCAUCCUGGUGAGGCUAAGGUUAAUGGAGACUUUGCAGCCACUCCAUUAUAUCUCAGCAACGGCACUGUCCAGGUUUAUCAGUCAGGCUUUUCUGUGAUCGUCAGCACUGACUUUGGCUUGGAGGUUUCUUACGACACGAAUCAUUACGUCAGGAUCAGCGUGCCCUAUUCUUACCUGAAUGCAACGUGUGGCCUGUGUGGAAACUUCAACAAUCACCCUGGGGAUGACUUUCGAACCCGUCAGGGCGAGAUUGUGAGCUCUGAUGUGGUUUUUGCCAACAGCUGGCAAGCACCAGAUGACGACGAGACAGGUUGUGAGGCACAGUGUGGAGGUCUAGAGUGUGCUGCUUGCACUGAGGAUCAGACAGUUUUGUACAGCAAUGCUGUCCAUUGCGGUAUCCUCCAGAACAGUUCUGGACCUUUUGCUGUUUGCCAUCAACAACUUCCCCCACAAACCUUUGUGGAGAGUUGUGUGUAUGAUCUGUGUGUAGGAGGAGGGUACCAGCCCAUUCUGUGCCAAGCACUAAAUGCAUAUGCAAGUCAGUGUCAACAGAAAGGCAUACAGCUGCCAAGCUGGAGGAGACAAGGCUUCUGUGAAAUCCCCUGCCCGUCCAACAGCCACUUUGAGUCCCAAGGCACCGGAUGUCCAGCUACCUGUGUCAACCCCAAUUCUACGCACAACUGCCCUCUCCCUCCCCAAGAGAGCUGCAUCUGCGAUUCAGGCUACAUCCUUAGUGCUGGGGUCUGUGUCCCUCAUUCUGAUUGUGGCUGCAGUUUUGAGGGUCGCUACUACAGCUCUGGACAAACUGUAAUACUAGAUGAGGACUGUGGGAGACAGUGCAGCUGCAGUUAUGGCUCCAUGACCUGUGAAACCCAUAAUUGUGGCCCGCUUGAAUCAUGCAGUGUGGUGGAAGGAAAAAGAGGGUGCAGACCUAACAGCUACGCAACAUGCUGGACAAGGGGCCCAGGGUCAUAUCACACAUUUGAUGGAGUGCUGUACCAGUAUCCUGGGGCAUGUCGACUGACCCUUGCCAAGGUGAUGGGAUUGUCUGAUCACCCGCACUUUGUGGUGACAGCAGAAAAAGUGCCAAGAGGCCAGCAGGGUUUUGCCCGGUUGCUCAAGUUUGAGGCACAGGGCACACAAAUCUCCAUUGACAUGACAGGCAGCAGCACAGUUCAGGUUGACGGUCAGCUGAUCAGACUACCAUUCAGCUCAGCAUCCAAUCACAUCCAAAUCUACCACAGCAGCAUUCACAGCAUCAUCCUUCACACCUCCUUUGGUGUAACUGUGCAAACAGUUUUUCCUCACUUUGUGAGUGUCACUGCACCUGGUAUCUACAAUGGCUCACUAGGUGGACUCUGUGGUAAUUACAAUGGUCACUCACAUGAUGACUUCCGCACUCCCAAUGGCAUCCUGGUCAACAGCUCUCAGGUCUUUGGGGACAGCUGGCGAGAUGGCUCCCUUGCUGCACACUGUGUGGAAAGUGGGAAUGAUAAUUUAACAACAAAUUACAAUUCUUCAGAGUACUGUGGUAUUCUUGGCUCACCGCAUGGGCCAUUUACCCAGUGUUGGGCCACGGUGGACCCAUGGCAGCAAGUGGAUGUCUGUGUGAAAAUCAUUAGUGCCUCUAAAAAUCCAGCAUCAGCACUGUGUGAAGCCCUACGAGAUUAUGCACUAAUGUGUCAAGAGAAGGGCGUUGCCCUUGAACACUGGAGGAAUGCAACAGGCUGUGAACAAAACUGCCCUCUAAACAGCCAUUAUGAACUCUGUGGAACCACUUGUCCUUCCGCCUGCCCCAGCCUUUCCUUUCCCUUCUCCUGUGACACUGCAUGUCAGGAAGGUUGCCAGUGCGAUAACGGUUUCGUCCUCAAUGGGAACCAGUGCGUUCCACCAACAUCCUGCGGAUGCUAUCACCAAGGACGCUAUCGGCAAGGGGGCGAACAGUUCUGGGAUGGUGAGGAGUGUCAGAGCUUGUGUACGUGUGAUGGCACUGCUGGGGCAGUCUAUUGUACCCCAAACUCCUGUGGUCCCCAGGAGUCCUGCCGUGUGGUGGAGGGUGAAUUUGGCUGCCAUCCCAACCCUCAUGGCACUUGCUCUGCCUCUGGAGACCCUCACUACCUCACCUUUGAUGGCAAGGCCUACGACUUCCAAGGAACCUGCCGCUAUGUUCUGGCGACAGUUUGUAACGCCACUGAUGAACUCCAUGAAUUUGCGGUGGAAGCUAAGAAUGAGCCGUGGAAUGGGUUGCCAGUUUCAAUCACAACUGAAGUUUUUGUGGAUGUGUGGGGCUAUAAAAUCCGGAUGUCAAGGGGCAGCAGCGGUACGGUCGAGGUCAAUGGAAUAACUAAAAAUGUACCAGCUCUCUUGAAUGGAGGUCUAGUGUCCAUCUUUACAAGUGGAUCUCGCACAUUUGUCAGUACUGAUUUUGGCCUGAGUGUCACGUACGAUGGAUGGAGUACAGUGUCUAUCUCCGUGCCUUCAAAUUACAGUGAACAAACAUGUGGGCUUUGUGGAAACUUCAAUGGAAAUCCAAAUGAUGAGUACCUCACCCCAUCUGGGAUGAUGGUUACCACUCCACAUGAGUUUGGGACAGCUUGGAAGGUGGAAGGCAACUACACCUGCAGUGAUGGCUGUGGUUCCUCCUGCCCGCAAUGUACCAACGAUCUACCUGCUAGAGCUCAAUGUGAGGUGAUUCAGGCAGCCGACGGCCCUCUCAGCUUCUGCCAUGAGCAGGUGGACCCAACGCCAUACUUCAAUGACUGCGUGUUUGAUGUUUGUGUGUCGGGAAAUGAGGGCCAAGAUCUUCUCUGCAGGGCCAUUCAGGCAUAUGUCAGUGCCUGUCAGUCUGCUAAUGUUCAAAUCUACCCUUGGAGAGAGAACACCACCUGCAGGCUUGACUGUCCAGCCAACAGCCAUUAUGAGCUGUGUGGUACAGACUGUGGCCACACCUGUGCCAGCAGCACUGAUGCCACCUGUGAGCAGGUUUGCUCGGAGGGAUGUUUCUGUGAUGAAGGCUUUGCCAGGAGUGGGGCAAGUUGCAUCCCCAUAGAAAGCUGUGGCUGCCAAUAUGAUGGCUUCUACUAUAAUGCUGGUGAGUCGUUCUGGACAGAAGGUUGCUCCCAGCAAUGUAAGUGCCACGCUCCCAAUGACCUGCGCUGUUCUGCAGCGCCUUGCACUCCUGCACAAGUGUGCACUAUCAGAAACGGCCAGCUGGGCUGUUUUGAUGCCAUGUCAACCUGCACCGUGUGGGGGGACCCACACUACAUCACCUUUGACGGAGCAGUGGCUCAUUUCCAGGGAACAUGCUCUUACAUCAUUACUGAGAGUUUGGACCACAGAACCAAUGAAACCCACUUUCAGGUGGCAGCCACCAAUAAUCACCGUGGCAACAACCGUGUGUCGUUUGUCUCAGCAGUGGAUAUAUACCUCUCAAAUGAGCCAGAGAGUGCAAAAAUCAGAAUUGGAACCAACAAAAGAGUCACGGUAAAUGGAAAUGAGGUCUCUCUUCCCACCACUGCAGGAACAUUAGCUCAGGUAGAAAGGCAGGGAAGCUACAUUGUGGUCAAUGCCAUUGACUUGAUAGUCCAGUUUGAUGGCCGGAGUACUUUGCUGGUCAGAAUCGGUCAAAACCGUGACAACAGAGUCACCGGGAUGUGUGGAAACUUCAACAGUGACCCUGCAGAUGACAAAGUGUUGCCCAAUGGCACGUUGGCACAAAAUGACAAUCACUUUGGACACAGCUGGAAGGCACCCACAAGCCAUCCAGGAUGUGGAUCCACAGAUGAUGAGAGUGGCGAUGGAUUGAAUGACUGUCAAUUUAAGGAAGAAUACUCUGAGCUCUGCAGUGUCAUCAGCAACACCAGCGGCCCGUUCAGUGCCUGUCACCUGCAGUCUGACCCCGAGCCAUUUUUCAGUUCCUGUGUCUACGAUCUCUGCCUCUACACUCCAGCUAACGGCAUGCUGUGCUCUGCUGUCUCAGCCUAUGAGAAAACCUGCUCUGUUCUGGGGGUGAACAUCCCAGAGUGGCGCUCGGCUUUGCAGUGUGCUGAGUCAGACCCCUGUGAACAACUGAACUGCACAGAGUAUGAGUGGUGUGGUGAGAAAAAUGGUGUUUACGGCUGCUUCUGUGAUGAGCACCACCAUCGGCCCAACAAUGAGAGCUACGACUCGUCCAUCACUUGUCACAGUAGUUCAGGCAUCAUGUCCCUGUCGCGCUGCCAGCUCUUUGAGGCCGGCUUCCACUCUACUUCCCUCCACCUCCAGGAAGACGCCUGCAAAGGGACUCUCCAGGAUGGACGACUGGUGUUCCAGUUUGACAAUGGCGACCAGCUGUGUGGGACAGUUCUCAGGAGCAACGGAUCCCAUUUCAUCUAUGAGAACACCAUCCAGAACGAUGUGGACCCCCAUAAAAGUCUAAUCAGCCGCCAGAAGAACAUUCAUCUGAGUUUCUGCUGUGAAUACCCUCUGGCCCAGGCCCUGUCUAUGGCUGUGGGCAUCAACCCUGUAGAGAGCAUUGUAAGGAAGAAGCUUCCAACUGGCCAAGGGCUGUAUCAUAUGAGGAUGAUCCCCUACCAGGAUUCUGGCUUCCACUUCCCCCUGACCAGCGACAGGAACAUAGAAAUGGAAAUUGACCAGAGGUUCUAUGUGGAGGUCCGGACAGAAGGAGUCGAUGAAAGGCAGAUCUCCACCGUUCUGGACUCUUGUUGGGCCACGCCGGUCAACAUUGCCAACUACCCUGUCCGCUGGGAUCUCAUUAGUGCACAGUGUCCUAAUCCAUCAGAUGAUACAGUAGAGCUGGUUCAGAACGGCAUCUCCACUGUGGCCCGAUUCUCAUUCAAGAUGUUCACCUUUACCAACUUCUCAUCCAUCUACAUCCACUGCCAGGUCCACCUGUGUCUUCUGAGCAAUAAAAACUGCUCAGCUCAUUGCUACCCAGGUCACCACAGGCGAUUUAAGAGGGACGUAUCCUACCAUGCCACUGCAGACAUCUCAGUAGGACCACUCCUCCUGAGGAGAGAUGUCUCAGACAUGAUGAUGAAACAGAGAAGUGCUUCAGGUCAGUUGACUGGUUCACUGGUGAUCCUGCUUGUCAGUUUGCUGAUGGCCAAAACGCCUGAACCUUCUCAAGCAAGCAGUGGCUAUGGAUACAGAUUCAGAGGUGGAGUGACCAUCAGCCACCUCCUAUACAUGGAUGGCAUCAAGCUGCAUGCCAGGAGGGAGCCAGACAUCAACUCACUGAUCGGCCUCACCAGGAUCUACAUGAAGGACAUAAAACAAAGGAUGCCCAGAGAAACAGCAGGAUUUAAAUUUGGGCUUCGGAGGAUGGCAAGUCAAAUCAUGUUGCCUCUGCUGCUUUUGGGGAUGAUAAGUACAGUGACUCCUCAGGUGACUCCUCAGGUGACUUCAGUGAGUCCUCAGGGGACUCCUCAGGGGACUCCUCAUGAGACUCCACCGGGCACUCCACCGGGGACUCCUCAGGUGACUUCUCCGGUGACUUCUCCAGGGAUUUCAGACACAGGGACUCCUCUGGGGACUACUCAAUCGACUACUCAAUCGACUACUCAAGGGACUUCUCAGGUGACUUCUCCAGUGACUCCAGGAAACUUCUACCCAAUUGCUGGAAUGACAACCUGGCGAGAAGAUGAUGGAAGUUCGCCUCUAAUCCUCUUGCAACAGCCUUUUGUUUACUUCGGAAAGACCUAUUAUCAGAUUUACGUGAACCACAAUGGACACAUGACUUUUGACAGUCCAUGGCAUCAGUACCGUCCACAAAGGUUUCCAAUGUAUGGAUACAGAGACGUCAUCGCUCCAUUCUGGACAGAUUUGGAUAACAGAGUCAAUGGUCUGGUCUACUACAACCAAUACACCAGUGGGAAUAUUCUCCAACGGGCUACAAGAGACAUUAAUGAGUACUUUCCAGGACUGACCUUCAAUGCCACCUGGGUCUUUGUUGCAACAUGGUAUAAAGUGGCCUACUUUCCAACAACUGGAACAGAAACUACAAUCCAAGCAGUCUUGAUCUCUGGUGACCAGUACUCUUUUGUGCUGAUGAACUAUGGGAUAAUAGCCUUAUCAAAUCACAAUGUACAGGCAGGAUAUGACACAAUCUACUCCGUCCACCAUUUUACCAUCCCUGGAUCAUUCUCUAACAAUGCAACAGGCAAUUACUCAAGUUUCCGCGUGACCAGCAAUGUCAAUGUACCCGGUCGCUGGGUCUUCCGGUUAGACAAUGGAACAACAGGCUGCACUUUCAAUGGUGAACCCGUGGAGAUGGGUGAUUCAUUCUGGGCUGACAGUACCUGUGCACACAAGUGCACCUGCACUUCAUAUGGCCUGCAGUGUCACAGCCAACCCUGCUCCUUUUCCCAAAUCUGCAAGCCAACUGGCUAUCACUUCUCCUGCCAGACAGUGCAGAGACGCUCCUGUACCAUUAGUGGUGAUCCACAUUACUACACCUUUGAUGGCACAGUGUUUCACUUUCAGGGCACCUGCACUUACGUUCUCUCAGAGCAAUGUGGUCAAGAACUGCCCUACUAUCGAGUAGAGGGCAAGAAUGAGCACCGGGGAAGCACUCAUGUUUCCUGGACACGACUGGUCAAAGUGUAUGUCUAUGGUGAAACUAUUGAGCUGGUGAAGGGCCAUCCUGGUGAGGCUAAGGUUAAUGGAGACUUUGCAGCCACUCCAUUAUAUCUCAGCAACGGCACUGUCCAGGUUUAUCAGUCAGGCUUUUCUGUGAUCGUCAGCACUGACUUUGGCUUGGAGGUUUCUUACGACACGAAUCAUUACGUCAGGAUCAGCGUGCCCUAUUCUUACCUGAAUGCAACGUGUGGCCUGUGUGGAAACUUCAACAAUCACCCUGGGGAUGACUUUCGAACCCGUCAGGGCGAGAUUGUGAGCUCUGAUGUGGUUUUUGCCAACAGCUGGCAAGCACCAGAUGACGACGAGACAGGUUGUGAGGCACAGUGUGGAGGUCUAGAGUGUGCUGCUUGCACUGAGGAUCAGACAGUUUUGUACAGCAAUGCUGUCCAUUGCGGUAUCCUCCAGAACAGUUCUGGACCUUUUGCUGUUUGCCAUCAACAACUUCCCCCACAGACCUUUGUGGAGAGUUGUGUGUAUGAUCUGUGUGUAGGAGGAGGGUACCAGCCCAUUCUGUGCCAAGCACUAAAUGCAUAUGCAAGUCAGUGUCAACAGAAAGGCAUACAGCUGCCAAGCUGGAGGAGACAAGGCUUCUGUGAAAUCCCCUGCCCGUCCAACAGCCACUUUGAGUCCCAAGGCACCGGAUGUCCAGCUACCUGUGUCAACCCCAAUUCUACGCACAACUGCCCUCUCCCUCCCCAAGAGAGCUGCAUCUGCGAUUCAGGCUACAUCCUUAGUGCUGGGGUCUGUGUCCCUCAUGCUGAUUGUGGCUGCAGUUUUGAGGGUCGCUACUACAGCUCUGGACAAACUGUAAUACUAGAUGAGGACUGUGGGAGACAGUGCAGCUGCAGUUAUGGCUCCAUGACCUGUGAAACCCAUAAUUGUGGCCCGCUUGAAUCAUGCAGUGUGGUGGAAGGAAAAAGAGGGUGCAAACCUAACAGCUACGCAACAUGCUGGACAAGGGGCCCAGGGUCAUAUCACACAUUUGAUGGAGUGCUGUACCAGUAUCCCGGGGCAUGUCGACUGACCCUUGCCAAGGUGAUGGGAUUGUCUGAUCACCCGCACUUUGUGGUGACAGCAGAAAAAGUCCCAAGAGGCCAGCAGGGUUUUGCCCGGUUGCUCAAGUUUGAGGCACAGGGCACACAAAUCUCCAUUGACAUGACAGGCAGCAGCACAGUUCAGGUUGACGGUCAGCUGAUCAGACUACCAUUCAGCUCAGCAUCCAAUCACAUCCAAAUCUACCACAGCAGCAUUCACAGCAUCAUCCUUCACACCUCCUUUGGUGUAACUGUGCAAACAGUUUUUCCUCACUUUGUGAGUGUCACUGCACCUGGUAUCUACAAUGGCUCACUAGGUGGACUCUGUGGUAAUUACAAUGGUCACUCACAUGAUGACUUCCGCACUCCCAAUGGCAUCCUGGUCAACAGCUCUCAGGUCUUUGGGGACAGCUGGCGAGAUGGCUCCCUUGCUGCACACUGUGUGGAAAGUGGGAAUGAUAAUUUAACAACAAAUUACAAUUCUUCAGAGUACUGUGGUAUUCUUGGCUCACCGCAUGGGCCAUUUACCCAGUGUUGGGCCACGGUGGACCCAUGGCAGCAAGUGGAUGUCUGUGUGAAAAUCAUUAGUGCCUCUAAAAAUCCAGCAUCAGCACUGUGUGAAGCCCUACGAGAUUAUGCACUAAUGUGUCAAGAGAAGGGCGUUGCCCUUGAACACUGGAGGAAUGCAACAGGCUGUGAACAAAACUGCCCUCUAAACAGCCAUUAUGAACUCUGUGGAACCACUUGUCCUUCCGCCUGCCCCAGCCUUUCCUUUCCCUUCUCCUGUGACACUGCAUGUCAGGAAGGUUGCCAGUGCGAUAACGGUUUCGUCCUCAAUGGGAACCAGUGCGUUCCACCAACAUCCUGCGGAUGCUAUCACCAAGGACGCUAUCGGCAAGGGGGCGAACAGUUCUGGGAUGGUGAGGAGUGUCAGAGCUUGUGUACGUGUGAUGGCACUGCUGGGGCAGUCUAUUGUACCCCAAACUCCUGUGGUCCCCAGGAGUCCUGCCGUGUGGUGGAGGGUGAAUUUGGCUGCCAUCCCAACCCUCAUGGCACUUGCUCUGCCUCUGGAGACCCUCACUACCUCACCUUUGAUGGCAAGGCCUACGACUUCCAAGGAACCUGCCGCUAUGUUCUGGCGACAGUUUGUAACGCCACUGAUGAACUCCAUGAAUUUGCGGUGGAAGCUAAGAAUGAGCCGUGGAAUGGGUUGCCAGUUUCAAUCACAACUGAAGUUUUUGUGGAUGUGUGGGGCUAUAAAAUCCAUAUGUCAAGGGGCAGCAGCGGUACGGUCAAGGUCAAUGGAAUAACUAAAAAUGUACCAGCUCUCUUGAAUGGAGGUCUAGUGUCCAUCUUUACAAGUGGAUCUCGCACAUUUGUCAGUACUGAUUUUGGCCUGAGUGUCACGUACGAUGGAUGGAGUACAGUGUCUAUCUCCGUGCCUUCAAAUUACAGUGAACAAACAUGUGGGCUUUGUGGAAACUUCAAUGGAAAUCCAAACGAUGAGUACCUCACCCCAUCUGGGAUGAUGGUUACCACUCCACAUGAGUUUGGGACAGCUUGGAAGGUGGAAGGCAACUACACCUGCAGUGAUGGCUGUGGUUCCUCCUGCCCGCAAUGUACCAACGAUCUACCUGCUAGAGCUCAAUGUGAGGUGAUUCAGGCAGCCGACGGCCCUCUCAGCUUCUGCCAUGAGCAGGUGGACCCAACGCCAUAUUUCAAUGACUGCGUGUUUGAUGUUUGUGUGUCGGGAAAUGAGGGCCAAGAUCUUCUCUGCAGGGCCAUUCAGGCAUAUGUCAGUGCCUGUCAGUCUGCUAAUGUUCAAAUCUACCCUUGGAGAGAGAACACCACCUGCAGGCUUGACUGUCCAGCCAACAGCCAUUAUGAGCUGUGUGGUACAGACUGUGGCCACACCUGUGCCAGCAGCACUGAUGCCACCUGUGAGCAGGUUUGCUCGGAGGGAUGUUUCUGUGAUGAAGGCUUUGCCAGGAGUGGGGCAAGUUGCAUCCCCAUAGAAAGCUGUGGCUGCCAAUAUGAUGGCUUCUACUAUAAUGCUGGUGAGUCGUUCUGGACAGAAGGUUGCUCCCAGCAAUGUAAGUGCCACGCUCCCAAUGACCUGCGCUGUUCUGCAGCGCCUUGCACUCCUGCACAAGUGUGCACUAUCAGAAACGGCCAGCUGGGCUGUUUUGAUGCCAUGUCAACCUGCACCGUGUGGGGGGACCCACACUACAUCACCUUUGACGGAGCAGUGGCUCAUUUCCAGGGAACAUGCUCUUACAUCAUUACUGAGAGUUUGGACCACAGAACCAAUGAAACCCACUUUCAGGUGGCAGCCACCAAUAAUCACCGUGGCAACAACCGUGUGUCGUUUGUCUCAGCAGUGGAUAUAUACCUCUCAAAUGAGCCAGAGAGUGCAAAAAUCAGAAUUGGAACCAACAAAAGAGUCACGGUAAAUGGAAAUGAGGUCUCUCUUCCCACCACUGCAGGAACAUUAGCUCAGGUAGAAAGGCAGGGAAGCUACAUUGUGGUCAAUGCCAUUGACUUGAUAGUCCAGUUUGAUGGCCGGAGUACUUUGCUGGUCAGAAUCGGUCAAAACCGUGACAACAGAGUCACCGGGAUGUGUGGAAACUUCAACAGUGACCCUGCAGAUGACAAAGUGUUGCCCAAUGGCACGUUGGCACAAAAUGACAAUCACUUUGGACACAGCUGGAAGGCACCCACAAGCCAUCCAGGAUGUGGAUCCACAGAUGAUGAGAGUGGCGAUGGAUUGAAUGACUGUCAAUUUAAGGAAGAAUACUCUGAGCUCUGCAGUGUCAUCAGCAACACCAGCGGCCCGUUCAGUGCCUGUCACCUGCAGUCUGACCCCGAGCCAUUUUUCAGUUCCUGUGUCUACGAUCUCUGCCUCUACACUCCAGCUAACGGCAUGCUGUGCUCUGCUGUCUCAGCCUAUGAGAAAACCUGCUCUGUUCUGGGGGUGAACAUCCCAGAGUGGCGCUCGGCUUUGCAGUGUGCUGAGUCAGACCCCUGUGAACAACUGAACUGCACAGAGUAUGAGUGGUGUGGUGAGAAAAAUGGUGUUUACGGCUGCUUCUGUGAUGAGCACCACCAUCGGCCCAACAAUGAGAGCUACGACUCGUCCAUCACUUGUCACAGUAGUUCAGGCAUCAUGUCCCUGUCGCGCUGCCAGCUCUUUGAGGCCGGCUUCCACUCUACUUCCCUCCACCUCCAGGAAGACGCCUGCAAAGGGACUCUCCAGGAUGGACGACUGGUGUUCCAGUUUGACAAUGACGACCAGCUGUGUGGGACAGUUCUCAGGAGCAACGGAUCCCAUUUCAUCUAUGAGAACACCAUCCAGAACGAUGUGGACCCCCAUAAAAGUCUAAUCAGCCGCCAGAAGAACAUUCAUCUGAGUUUCUGCUGUGAAUACCCUCUGGCCCAGGCCCUGUCUAUGGCUGUGGGCAUCAACCCUGUAGAGAGCAUUGUAAGGAAGAAGCUUCCAACUGGCCAAGGGCUGUAUCAUAUGAGGAUGAUCCCCUACCAGGAUUCUGGCUUCCACUUCCCCCUGACCAGCGACAGGAACAUAGAAAUGGAAAUUGACCAGAGGUUCUAUGUGGAGGUCCGGACAGAAGGAGUCGAUGAAAGGCAGAUCUCCACCGUUCUGGACUCUUGUUGGGCCACGCCGGUCAACAUUGCCAACUACCCUGUCCGCUGGGAUCUCAUUAGUGCACAGUGUCCUAAUCCAUCAGAUGAUACAGUAGAGCUGGUUCAGAACGGCAUCUCCACUGUGGCCCGAUUCUCAUUCAAGAUGUUCACCUUUACCAACUUCUCAUCCAUCUACAUCCACUGCCAGGUCCACCUGUGUCUUCUGAGCAAUAAAAACUGCUCAGCUCAUUGCUACCCAGGUCACCACAGGCGAUUUAAGAGGGACGUAUCCUACCAUGCCACUGCAGACAUCUCAGUAGGACCACUCCUCCUGAGGAGAGAUGUCUCAGACAUGAUGAUGAAACAGAGAAGUGCUUCAGGUCAGUUGACUGGUUCACUGGUGAUCCUGCUUGUCAGUUUGCUGAUGGCCAAAACUCUGACUUAGAGAGGUCAAAGACGAUGAUGAAUAUGUGCAUAUUACACUACAGCAUAUUAAUCCAUCAGCAGUAGCUUAAUUACGGUGCUUAGAUUUAAGAAGGGUCAGUUGUUUUUCUGUGUUGUGUUGCAAUAAAACGUGGAAUGAGACAUCUUUUUUGUGAUGGCGCAGGCCAAAAAAAGUUCUAAAUGAUACAGAAUAUUUGGAAAUGCAUCCUGUCCCGGUCCCAUCUAAAGUUGUGAAGUUUUUCUUUCCAACAUUAGAGGGCACCAUAAGCUCAAAUAUACAUUUGUUUCAUGAAACUUCCUGUUCACCUUUUCAUAUUUAGUAAUGUUCAUGAGUUGUAUCCUCCGGGCUUUUGCAGUGAUUUUUAUUAGCAUUAAAGCAAUGUUUCAUUAGUGAUGAUGAACAUGAUAUUUUUAUUUAUGUGUGAAAUAUGAAUCCUCAGGAAAUCACUGAGCAUACUGUACAUUUACAUUUGGAUUGUGUUUCUAUUUGAGAGGCCUCAACCUUGUGCCCUUGUGUUUUGUAUUUUGGCUGUACAGUAGGGGACAGCAAUGUGCAUACUAAACAAAUCUUACUAAAGUCUAAAGUUGAAGUCA